AUGGCUUCAAUGGUCAAAAGAGAAGAGAGCCCAGAGACCUUCCUCCGGACCUUCCUGCGGACAUCUACCCUGCCCCCAGCGAACUUCCCGGAUGAUGUUUCUGUAUCAUCUGCCGCGUCGACAUACAAAGAGGAGGACGUCGAGCCGCCUGUGUGGUUGCCCAACACCAUGUUUGCGCAGCAGCACAUCGUCAGCAGAGCCAGCAAGCAGAAUCUGGAUCAGAUGGUGUCCCAGGACGCCUCCUGUGUCCAGCAGGAUUUGCAACUGCAGUUUCCGCCGUUCAUGCAAGAGCAUGUGCAGCAGGCACAGCAGGUUCCCGAACAGCCGCCAAAGCUGCAAUUGCAGCUGGAUGGCUCUUGGAGGCAGCGUUCGAAAUCCGAGGAGAUCCACGACCUGGUCGUCUUCAGCCGCAACCAUGCCCAAGCCCUCGAAAACCUGACCGCCCGCUUCAACAGGGUCGGAAUGGACAACAUGGCUCUCCGCGAUUCCAUUGUCAAGCUCGUCGAUGAAGCCACUGCUGGGUCUCAGUCCGCUCCCGGACCUACAACUCGCUACCGUGACGCAACCGCCUCUCUCUUCUCUGCUCCGAGCACUCCCACUAAGGAGCGCUAUGAGCCAUUCCAGACGUUCCGGCUCUCAAGCCCCAGUCCGCAAGAUGAUGAGCCUUUCGGGACCAAGCUAUCCGUCGGCAAGAACAGCAAGAAGGGCGAGAAGACCAGGGCCCGGAGGGCUCUCAAGGUCAAGAUCCCUGACAGCAAGAAGACCACGGUUCCUCUCGGCAUGGCUACUCCCUCGAAAAAGAUUGAUUCUGGCUACCUUACCGGCAACAUGGCCUCCGGCUUCCCAACCCUCAUGACGCCCACAUCAGGUCAACAAACCGGUGCCAUGAGUACAAACUUCCUCUUCGCCCCCACAUCAGGUUAUCAGAGCUCUCCUGUCACUCCUGGUCGCAUCGGACCCCCUAGCACACAAAGGCGCGGUGUCACCUCCGUCAACAAGCGGAAGAACCAUGCGCUCAAGGAGAUGAUGCCACCUGUACGCGCGAUGGUACCCAAGGUCCCUCUCACAGACACCGAAGUCAUCGUCUACUUCUUCCAGUCCAUUGCCCGUCCUCCAGUCGCGCUCCGCCUGUACUCUCGCCACUGGGGCCCUGCCGGCAUCGUCGAGGUACUCAACGCACACCGAGACAUUGAGGGCGGCUACCUCCGUAACACGUGCUCCGUCAAGUGCAUCACGGCCAUCAACCGUGGUAAAGACAAGUACGGUGACGAGUGGGAGGAGCAGUUUCGCAGCCAGAUCGAGGAGGCCGAUGACGUUACGGCUACCGACAUGAUGCAGUACCGUGACGACGAGAUGGAGGGUGUUGUUGACUACGAGGUCUGCGCUCUGAAUAAGGGCCUCCUCAAGCAUCCUGAGCAAGGCGAGGACGGUGGUAUCUUCACGCGUUGUGUCAAGUACUGCAUUGAGCAUGAUGCGCCAUAUACCUUGGCUAACGUUCAUGAGCUUGCUUUGGCACUACAGAGUGGUGUCGACCCUAGGAAGCUGGUUCUUGAUGGUGGCGAGGAGGUCGUUAGUGAGGCCGAUGAAGGUGUUGAGGAGGAUGUUUGA